CAAUAGUUAACCCCUCGGGCAAUCUCUUAAAUAACCAUGAGUAGAAUAGCCAAUGCGUUUGAACGAAUGCAGUCGUCGUUGGCCUGCCCAAUAUGUCACAAAACCUUAACGAACACACGAAUCGUUUCUGAAUGUGGUCAUUUUUCUUGCCAAGACUGUGUUUUGUAUGAAAUUGGAGAGAAAGGAAGGUGCCCGCAAUGCCAAUUACCUGCUAUCGUGAAGAACCUACAGCCAUACCAUACACUAGACAUACUCUCGGUUUGCUUACAGAAGCUGCGGUCCAGCACAUACGAUUCUUACAUGAAGGUAGCUUCAUGUUCCUUUGAAGAUGAUGAGAGUUUGCCCUUUCUUGAAGCAUAUAGAAAGCGACGUCGAACUACACCUGCUGGACAAUAUGUGUUGGGCAGUUACUCUUACGAAGAAAUUGAAUACGCUGAAGUUGCUACGCAGGCUCAGAAAAUUGAAGCUGGAAUCAACAAUGAAGUGCAAGCCUCACAAGAGGAUCAAGAGGUUGUUUCAAAGCCAGAGCAGCCGGCUUCUACCGUCAGAAAUGAAUCUCUACUUGACCGUAAAAACCAGCUUGGAAAGGUUGUAAAAUUGGAUCAUACUGGUUUGGUUGUUAAGGACGAGGAGGAGGUGAAUGCAGCUUUGCUGAAGAUCGGCGGGACCGACAUAAUAAUUGAAGUGUACAAAGAUACGGAAUGGAUAGACGAUGAAGUCACGCAUGUAAUUACUAGUAUGGAUGAUCAGCAUCUUUGCAAACGAACGCAAAAAUACCUAAACGCUAUAGUCAAGGGAAAAUGGGUUCUUGGCCAUCAGUGGCUUGUGAAGAGUAUGAUUGCUGGACAAUGGCUUGAUGAACGUGAAUACGAGGUUUCAGGUGACCUAACAACAGGAAACAGCUUGGCUCCACGUAAAGGACGACAAAUGAAAGCAUCGAAUCUUGAGUUAUUUCAUGGCCUACGAAUAUAUUUUCAUGGAGAGUUUCAAUCUUUUCCUUCACGAAACGACUUGAUGAUAUUAGUACGAUCUGCGGGUGCACGCAUACUACAGCGACGGCCGAAAGACGUUGAAGGUGGACAACUAGGAAACGGAAAGCUUGAUAUCGAUCGUCCUUUGGUUGUUAUGCAAGAAAUACCGACGAAGUGGAAGAAAUCGCAAAGCUGGUUGAUGCAGUAUCAGGUUGUCUCAACGAGCUGGAUACUCAAUGCUAUCAGCCGACUUUCCCUCGAGCAGCCUAUACCAUAGUUGACCAAUACAAGCAGUGAUGGAUAUGUAUACUUGUGAUAUUACUUUGGUAGCGGAUACAAAAGCCGAUACUACUUUGAUGAAUGUUCUCUAAAUGACUAAGACUAAAAAAAUACUCGAAGGGUGCACUAUUCCGUAAUUGGCGUUGCGAGAUUGUAUAUAACAGCGCCCUCAUCUUUCUUUCCUUCCUCUCUGUCGGAGGCGGGAGGGAAUAGACGUCUCUUUUCAUCAUAAUAAUGAUCCCGCUUGUCACCUUCCCGAGCAGCGUUGUAGGUCAAAUAGACUGCAACUCGAGACUUAUCGGUGAGAUUGUCACCAGAUCUGUGAGCCAAGUAGGCACCAAAGAUCAAGACUGAGCCCUGUUUUCACAAUCAGCAAUAGAUUAAACUUCCAAACCAGUUAUGUGUUUCUAC